UGCGGGCAGAGCCCUGGGCCCAUUGGCCAAAAGCCUGCCUAGGGCAAAACUACCUGCUGAAUAUAUAAAAUGGUUAACACUUGCCGAACCGCAGCAUUCGCUUCUCAACUCCUGUUGGCAAUGGACCGCAAGACGACGCAAUUGUUGAUGUUCCGCACUCCGAUGGAGGCUGAGAAUCAGCUUUUAAUCUUCAAUUCGCCGAUCGACUACACCGACCAGCAGCUGGUUGUGUACCAAUAUUCGGGCAUGUUGGAGGGCGAGAGUGGAUAUUGUGUGGUCUACAAGCGCGAUCAUUACAUCAUUAGCAAUCCGCCCAACUAUCAGAGUCCCACCAAGCGCAGCUUCCUCAACGAGUGCAUCCGGCAGUUGUACAUCAUCAAUGGGCUGGUGCACAAGCUCAACUGGGCGCCCAACACCUUGGUGUGCACCCAGCAGGAGCUCUGGCAUCAGGUCAACAUGUGCCUGCAGCCGGAGCGACUGAGUGUACGAAAUGCCAGCCUGCAGCGUGUCAAGCGUCAGCUGUUCCGCGAGACGCAACGAAAACGCAAAGCGACAAGCAGCGUGCGUGGCCAGGUGUGGGGCACACAGGUGUUCAACUUCAAACCAAUGCGCCCGAAGAUUGGAAGGCGACACAUACGACGCGGCUAUUUGAAGGUGGCCAGGCAAUUUGUACUCCAGCAACUGAUACGUGAGAAUGUGAAGCGUGAGAUGAUCGGCGCGUCGGCCAUCUGCCAGAGCAUCAUCAAUGCCACCGAGGGCAUCUACAAUGUGAACGCGACGGUCAUCAGCGAUAUCUGUCGCUAUCAUCACACUGCUGCACGCCAUCAGCACGCUGUCGAGGGUCGGCUGAACGAAGGCCAGCAGCGCCUGCGCAGCAACGAAGCCUGCCAGCUGACGCAGCGUGCCAAGCGCUUGGAGGCCAUGUUCCUGCACGAGCAAGUGCGUCGAGCUGGACAGAACCAUCAGCUCAUAUUGGAGGAGUCGGUGCGUUCCAUUUACUAUGCCAAGCAGCUGUUUCGACUGAUCGAGGAUCACGAGGAGUUCGUCUACACGGACAAACAGAUCUUGGGCCGCAGCUGUUGUUAAUUAAGUCUUU